GGAGAGCAGCGCGGAGUGGAGUGGAGUGGAGUGGAGUGAGAGUGAGUGGAGCACUAAAAAGUCUGCGAAGAAGCACAGGUUUGCUUUCCAACCUUCGUUUCUGACACACAAGUAGUGGAGCCUUUGAAGCCGGACUGUGAGAAAGAUGCGGCCGGGACGGAGGAAGCAGCUACCGGACAGUUAGCCAAACUACUUGAAGAGGAGGAGACGGAGUGAACGGCUGUUCGGUUGCCUCUCGGAUCAGGACGGUUGGCUGUUUCCCCGGAGCGAGUUGAGCAGAUUGAAACGCUCCCAGUUGCUCCAGGACCAGCAGCGAGGACCCACAAACGUACAGAUUUUCUUCUUCUAAUUCUUUUUUUUUUUAUUUUUAUUUUUUUAUUAAGAGGUGGAGGACUUGUCGGUUUUUAUUGAUCCGGGGAAACCGACGGAGUAAGAGCGGAGCGGCUGUAGCGAGGACAGAGCCGCUGAAGCGGUAGCUCCCGAAAGAAGAAGAAGAAAAAGUUUUCAGCGUGUCUUUACCAAGUUUUCCAGACUGGAAACCGGAGAGGAAAGAAGAGGCCAGAGAGACUGACGUUUUCUUCCACAAGCAACUUUUGUGGAGUUCCUCCAGUUUAGCUUUCCAGUUCAGCUGAAGCAGAAUGAAAACACCUGGAGAUACUGGGUUCGCCUUUCCAGAAUGGGCCUACAAGCCAGAGUCGAGCCCCGGGUCAAGGCAGAUCCAGCUGUGGCACUUCAUCCUGGAGCUGCUCAGGAAAGAAGAGUAUCAUGAUGUCAUCGCGUGGCAAGGCGACUACGGGGAGUUCGUCAUCAAGGACCCGGACGAGGUGGCCCGGCUGUGGGGGGCGAGGAAGUGUAAACCACAGAUGAACUACGACAAGCUCAGCAGGGCGCUGAGAUACUACUACAACAAGAGGAUCCUUCAUAAGACCAAAGGCAAGAGGUUCACAUAUAAGUUCAACUUCAACAAACUGGUUUUGGUCAACUACCCGUUUUUCGAUGUGGGUUCCACUGGAAGCAGUGUACCUCAGAGUGCACCGCCUGUCCCCACCGGAGCAGGAACCCAUUUCCGUUUCCCUCCUUCCACGCCUUCUGAGGUUCUCUCCCCCAACGAGGAUCUGCGCAGCCCCGGGGGCAUGUUCAGCACCGUGGCGCGACGGAUGGCCCGCGGCUCCGUCAGCGACUGCAGCGACGGUACUUCGGUCAACUCAGAGAUCGAGGAGGGAAACGGUGGUGCAGGAGAAGAGAGGGGUGAGAGGAGUGUGAGCGGAGGAGGAGGGGGCCCCGGCGGCGGCGGGAACUACCGAAGCAUCAUCCAUCCCCGUCUGUCUCAUGAGGCUCUCUUCCGUAUGUACGGAGGGCCAGGUAACCCUGCAGGCCACCCCGGGCCGCGUGGUCCUGCGGGGCACCGGAUCCACCAGGAGCCACUGUCUCCCUUCCCCGUGUCCCCACUGCCUGGACCCCCAGGGGCGAGCCUCUUGGCCCCUCCUCUGUCUCCAGCGCUGUCCAUGACCCCAACGUCCCACUUGCCCUACACCCCGUCCCCCACGCUGUCUCCCAUGCUGGGUUCCCACUUCUCCUUCAACCCAGAGGACAUGAAGCGCUACCUGCAGGCCCACACCCAGUCCGUUUACAACUACGGCCUCAGCCCCCGGGCGUUCCUCCAGUACCCCAACAUUGUGAUCCCUCAGCCCCACCGGCCCGCCGCCGACAAGUGCCCACUCACACCCCCAUUCCCACCCCAUGCAUCACCCUCUCCACCUGGGGGAGGAGCCACCUCCAUGUCUCCCUUCAAGUUCAAGCUGCAGCCGCCACCUCUGGGGAGGAAGCAGAGGGACGGACAGAGCCAGGGCAAACCGAGGCAGAGCUCCCUGUCCUCUGGCUCCGGGUCCGGGUCCAUGUCCUCCACCUCUGGACUGGGGUCCUCGCUGUCCUUCGGCAGCGACCUGAGCUCGGCAAGCGGGUCAGGGGUCAUUUCUGCCUCCUCCUCAACGCAGUCCUUGAACAGUGCUGGACUCCCAAAGAUAAAGGUGGAGCCCAUCUCUGAUAUAGAGUCAGAGGAAGAGGUGGAGGUGACGGACAUCAGCGAUGAAGACCCAGACGAAAGAGAUAAUGAGUUUGAGCUCUUCUCCGCUCGACACUCCAGAAUUUCCAACCACCACAACCACCACCUGUCCAAUGGCACGGCGGCCGCCCAUCAUCCGUCGCAGGACGAAGACCUGGACGAGGACGUCUUCAAAGCCCCCGCUCCUCCUCCUCCGGGUCUGAUGCCGUUCUUCACCUCGCAGCAUGCCCACCGCGGCCUGACUACCCUUAAGAGUGAACCGGUGGAGCCGGGCGAGAGCCACGCCGCCCAGUCGCAGACGCCCUCGACCGGAGCCGCGCAGGGGAAGUGCAUCCCUCUGAAGCUGCGGUUCAAGAGGCGCUGGAGCGAGGACCAGCGCAUGGAGGCGUCGCAGGAAGAGUCGGACGACAAGAAGGUCCGACCGGAGGAGGGCAGGAAUAAAGGGAGGCAAACUAACGGAUGUGUAGAGAUGGAGGAGGACGGGGAAGACGGAGACAGUCCCCCUCCGCUAGCUUAUGAGGGGUCUUUAUCAGCGCCUCUGGCUUCACAUCGGAGGGUCAGCGCCGAGCUGCACCGCGCCACGGCCCAGCUGUCCCUGGAGAACAAAGACUGCUGAGGAGCGCAGCCCCAACACUACUGCUCCAGCAGUACAGGAGUUUGUAAAUGUAAUCCCACUCCCACACUGACAAACUAGACGACCCGAGAGCAGAGCCUGACACACACGCUCAUAAAACUGACACAGUCAGACUCCUGUUGAGUCAGAGCCGCCAUCAAUCCUGGAAGAACCAGCUGUUUUUUUAUCUAGUUUCUAGUGCAAAUGUCUUAGUAUGCUUGAAAUAAGACAAAAUUAAUGUACAAGUAACUGUUCAGCACAAUGUAGGAGCUUGUUUAGAGUCAAAUUUUCAAGUCCGGCCACAUAUUUUCAGUUGAACUUAUGUCUAGACUUUGACUAGACCAUUUUAAUAUGUGAAUAUUUUUUAAUCUAAACCAGUGGUGCCCAAACUUUUUGCGGAAACUGCCAAAUUUAAACUACUGGCAGGACACAGUUCCUGAAAUUCAAAAUGCAAAAAUGAAUUUAUUGUGAUUUUACUUUGUUUUUAACAUUCUACCUGCUCGACAAUGCAACAU